AUGGGAUUGGUCAGCUCAAAAACCACCCACGCCGUCACCAGUCAUGAUAACACUACCCACGCCCUCACCAGUCAUGAUAACACCACCCACGCCCUCACUAGUCAUGAUAACACUACCCACGCCCUCACCAGUCAUGAUAACACUACCCACGCCCUCACCAGUCAUGAUAACACCACCCACGCCCUCACCAGUCAUGAUAACACCACACACGCCCUCACCAGUCAUGAUAACACCACCCACGCCCUCACCAGUCAUGAUAACACUACCCACGCCCUCACCAGUCAUGAUAACACCACCCACGCCCUCACCAGUCAUGAUAACAUUACCCACGCCCUCAUCAGUCAUGAUAACACUACCCACGCCCUCACCAGUCAUGAUAACACUACCCACGCCCUCACCAGUCAUGAUAACACCACCCACGCCCUCACCAGUCAUGAUAACACCACCCACGCCCUCACCAGUCAUGAUAACACCACCCAUGCCCUUACUAGUCAUGAUAACACUAGCCAUUAUUUUGGAAACAUCUCACCAUGGGAGCAUCACACCAUGGGAGCAUCUCACCAUGGGAGCAACUCACCAUGGGAGCAGCACACCAUGGAAGCAUCUCACCAUGGGAGCAUCUCACCAUGGGAGCAUCACACCAUGGGAGCAUCUCACCAUGGGAGCAUCACACCAUGGAAGCAUCACACCAUGGGAGCAUCUCACCAUGGGAGCAUCUCACCAUGGGAGCAUCUCAUCAUGGAAGCAUCUCACCAUGGGAGCAUCUCACCAUGGGAGCAUCUCACCAUGGGAGCAUCACACCAUGGGAGCAUCUCACCAUGGGAGCAUCACACCAUGGGAGCAUCUCUACCAUGGGAGCAUCACACCAUGGGAGCAUCUCUACCAUGGGAGCAUCUCACCAUGGGAGCAUCUCUACCAUGGGAGCAUCUCUACCAUGGGAGCAUCUCUACCAUGGGAGCAUCUCUACCAUGGGAGCAUCACACCAUGGGAGCAUCACACCAUGGGAGCAUCUCUACCAUGGGACCAUCUCACCAGGGGAGCAACUCACCAUGGGAGCAGCACACCGUGGGAGCAUCUCACCAUGGGAGCAAGGAAGGCGCUGGACAGGUCUCCAGAGAUGCUGAGGGAGUUAUUGAACAUUAUCUCAGAGAUAAGGAGAGAUGUGUGCUCGCCAGGCAGGUAGAGAGGGAGAAGGGGGAUAAGGAGAAGCUGAGAGAAAGGAAGAAAGAGGAAAUGAAGAAACGAAUGGGAAGGAGCAAGGAACCAGGAAAGGGGAGUGAAGAAAGAAUGGCAAGCGGCUUGUUAGGAAAUUAG